UUAUAUACCAACCCCCGGACUGCAACCACCAUGGCCAGUCUCGCCUCGUGCCUCUUCUGCAGGAUCGUGAAGGGCGAAAUCCCCUGCUUCAAGCUUUUCGAGAGCGACAAGACGCUAGCAUUUCUGGAUAUCAACCCCCUCAGCCGCGGGCACGCGCUUGUCAUUCCCAAGCACCACGGUGCGAAACUAGCCGAUAUCCCCGAUGACCAAUUGACUGAAAUUCUGCCUGUGGUGAAGAAGCUGGUCCAGGCAACGGGCGCGACCGAUUACAACCUGCUGCAGAACAAUGGUCGCAUUGCUCACCAAGUGGUCGAUCAUGUUCACUUUCACAUGAUCCCGAAGCCCAACGAAAGCGAGGGCCUCGGUAUCGGCUGGCCGCAACAACAGACCGACAUGGAGAAGCUCAAGGCUCUCUUCGAGGACCUCAAAUCCAAAGUGUGAGUCUAGCACACAGGCCUAAAAAGGUAACGCGAACGGUAUGGUGGACUACUUGGUCAUGCACCUCGUUGCGUGAGCAUGUGACGACAGGG